AUGUCACCAUCACCAUCACGAUCACCCUCACAUCACCCCCCUCCACAUCACCAUCACCCCCCUCCACAUCACCAUCACCCUCACAUCACCCCCCUCCACAUCACCAUCACCCUCACAUCACCCCCCUCCACAUCACCAUCACCCUCACAUCACCCCCCUCCACAUCACCAUCACCCUCACAUCACCCCCCUCCACAUCACCAUCACCCUCACAUCACCCGCACUCCCACAUCAUCAUCCCCACCACCAGGUGAUCUAUUACUUUGACAGCAGUUGCAACCCCACAGCACACGGCUCUCUCCCGCUACCCUCGCCUGGAUACAUCCCCUGCGACAUGACGUGCCCUGCCGACAUGACGUGCCCUGCUGGUUCCUACCUGGACGGGGACAAGUGUCGCAAGUGCAAGCCCGGCACGUACAGCAUGGGGGGAGGGAUCCGUUUCGAUGCUUUCUAUGAGCUUGAUGACCGGUUGUUCCAGACGGACUGCACCCACUCCAACUCCUCCGGUUCAUUCAAGUGCGACGGGUGGUAUGCAGCAGGCGGCCAGCUCAAAGCCGGCCCGUGGUAUGCAGCAGACGGCCAGUUCAAAGCCGGCCCGUACGACCCACCCAAUGAAUGGACGACUGCUCCCAGGGGUCGUACAACUGCCACAGCAACGCGCUCCCUACCGUCUCUCACCUCCCUCUCUUACCUCUCACCUUCUUCGUGUCACCUCCUUCUCUCCAUCUGUGCUGUGCAGGACGACUGCUCCCUGGGAUCCUACAACUGCCACAACAACCUGCGUGCGUCGCUGCGCAUGCAAGUGGAGCUCAUCACAUCGGGCUACAUCCGGUACAAGUUCACAGUGAGCACGGAGCACAAGUUUGACGGGCUGCUCUUCUUCCUCGACUCCUCGCCAGAGCCUUUGAUGGGGCUCGAAUCCAACCAGUUCGACCCAAUGGAGGUGCAGAUAAUGCUGGAGCCGGGCAUUCACACGCUGGAGUGGGUUUACUACAAGGACUCCAAGUUCACCAAGGGGAGGGACUCCGCUGCCCUGCAUCUGAUAGAGGUGGGAGGCAUUGAUUACACGGACCGGCAGUGCUUCCCAUGCCAGGCAGGCUUCUACAGUGCUGCUGCUGCUACUGCUGCUGCUGCUGCUGCUGCUGCUGCUGCUGCUGCUGCUGCUGCUGCUGCUGCUGCUGCUGCUGCUGCUGCUGCUGCUGCUGCUGCUGCUGCUGCUGCUGCUGCUGCUGCUGCUGCUGCUGCUGCUGCUGCUGCUGCUGCUGCUGCUGCUGCUGCUGCUGCUGCUGCUGCUGCUGCUGCUGCUGCUGCUGCUGCUGCUGUUCUUGGUUUGGCCAGCAUUCUGGGUGAUUAUUAUGCCAGCCCCACACUCUCUGCUGGUGAUUAUGCGCGCAUUGCACUUGCACCAUCCACGUGUACUAUGUACCGCCGCAGGGAGGGCUGGCCAGAGUGCAAGCCAUGCAGUGCUGAAGAGUACGCGCAGUCGCCUCCUCGAGCCAACUGCUCUGCCAGGCCUCGUACCUCCUCUCCUCUAUCUCGCUCCCUCUGCUCUCUCCCCAUCCCUCCCUCCCUUUCCCCUCUGCCACUAAGCCUGCUGCUGCCUGUCUCUCCACCUCCUUUUCCCUGCCUCCUCGACAAUUCUCCAGCUUGCAACGUGACAACCGAUGCCGCCCCUACCUACGGCAACUGUAGCGCAGUGGACAACCAGAGAAUCAAGACCUGGGCAUGGCUCACUCCCCACAUCUGUGCGCCCCUCUCAGAGGACGAGGACCUUCCUGCUGACACGCACGAGCCGUGCCGUGAGUGCCAUGGUGGUGGUGGUGAUGCCGUGUGGAUAGAUGGAUGGAGUAGGAAUUGCCAUAAGUCCCCCUGCCCCUCGGGUCAAUACGCUGUGGAGGACAGCACCACGCGCACCAGACUCGCCAUGCCCUUCGGGUCAAUACGCUGUGGAGGACAGCACCACGCGCACCAGACUGUGCCUCAUGUGACAGCAACCCAUGCACCAGACUUUGGCACUUGUCUUGUGUGCUCUCUUCUCUUUCCCUUCCCCCCGAACCACAGCGCCAUGCCCUUCGGGUCAAUACUCUGUGGAGGACAGCACCACGCGCACCCGACUCUGCCACUUCUGCCCACCGGGUCUGGCACGCAACGCCACCACCUCCACAGCAAGCAAACUGGCCUGGCACGAAACGCCUCUGUGUCUAAAACAGACAAGGCGUGCCGCAAGUGCCCUCCGGGAGAGGUGGCGGUGAAGGCCCUCACCAUGGAUCACUUUGAGCUGCACCGGGGGAAGCUUCCUGACGGUUUCGUGACCGGGUGCAGCGGGGACUGUGGUUCUCUGGGGUGGAGAGUGGUGAACGGGAAGCUGGACUCUGGCAGCAACCACGGCAAGAGUGCCUCUGUGUGGCUGUCCUAUGACGUCAGCAUGGCAGUGGACGGGCACGUCACAUUCGCCUAUGAUGUGGACAUUCCUCGGGGGGACCUGCAAAGGGGGCUCUUCUUUUAUGUGGAUGACCAGCUUGUGCUGAACAUUGAGGUGGAGAGCAGCAGUUUCUCACUGCAGCGUCCACCAGUCAGUCACUGCCACUUUGACCUGCGGAGAGGGCUCUUCUUCUAUGUGGACGACCCGCUGGUGCUCAACAUUGAGGACGACCCGGGUGCUGACUCAGCAGCGCCAGCCGGCCCGACAACCAGCGACACGUGGCCGCUGCCAGCUGGCAACCACAGCCUGAUGUGGAUCUGGGUCACGCUCAACGCUGACAAGGCGAUCGCCAGGCGGGAUUCCGCGGAGAUCCUGGACAUCACCGUGUGGGGCAGCACUGUGGGGGGUGCGCCUGCCUGUGUGCCCAUUCCCCCCGGCACUGCCCCGGAUGCUGCCACCCUUACCUGGAAGGCCUGUCCGCCUGCGGAAAUCCUGGACAUCACCGUGUGGGGCAGCACUGUGGGUGGCGCGCCUGCCUGUGUGCCCAUCCCUCCCGGCUCUGCCCCGGAUGCUGCCACCCUCACCUGGAAGCCCUGUCCCCCUGGUACGCUCCUCCUAUCUCUCCUCCUCUCCUCUCCUCUCCCCCAGCAAGCACAGCACUGCCCCUGCCUCAACCCCAUCACCCUCACUUGGAAGCCCUGUCCCCCUGGUACGUCCUCCACGGUGGGGGGUGCUCCCGCCUGUUUGCCCAUCCCUCUGCUGGGGAUCCUCGAUAUCAUCGUGUGGGGCAGCACUGGGGGGGGCGCGCCUGCCUGUGUGCCCAUUGCCCCCAACGCAGCUCCGAUGCCACCUCCCUCACCUGGAAGCCCUGCCGCCCUGGGCACACACUCCUCCUGCCUCCCCUGCGGCCCUGGCACCUCGUCUCUCCCAGGCAGCACUGCUUGCACUGUUGGUGACAUCACUGUUCCCUCCUCCUUCUGCACCUUCCAAGUAGUUUCUGAUCUGAACCCCCCCAGCAGCAGCAGCACAAGUGAAGCUAAUGCUAACACCGCCACCAACACUACCGCCACCACCAGCACCCCCUCCCCCUCCAUUCCAUCCGCCUCCUCUCCAAUCGUCUACGAUCUCUCCCCGCUCUCCCGCGUCCAUCCUGGCCGCAUGUUUGGGCCGAUCUUUGAGGAUCCAACGGCUGCGGAUCGCCAGCACGGGCCCCUGUAUUUUGUGUGUGUGUGUGCUGCCCCUGCAGGCAACACAGAGAGGGGGGAGAGAGAAGGGAAGAGCACAGAAGUAGGGCAGGGUGCGGAGGGAGGGGGUGGUGGGGAGGGGAAGGAGGGGAAGAAGGAGAAGGGAAGGGCGAUGGAGUGUACAGAUGCAGAAGGCAAGCCGAUAGCGACCAUGGCAUGUCGGGUGAAUCCUCAGGUGAUGCUGGACGAGCAGCACAGAGGAUCCCACAGCCUAGGCGACCGUGUCUCCCUCUUCCCCCUCUCCCCCCUCUCGCACCCCCCAAACGCCACCGACCCCCUUCCCCACCGUCCCGACCCCAUCCUUGCGCGGAGGGGGUUGGUGAUGGUGCUGGAAGGGGAGAGAUGCCCUUUCUCCGUGCAGGGGGGAGGGGGGGAGGGGAGCAGGUGGGGGAUGGGGGAAGAUGCGGAGAAGGGGAAGGGGAAGGGGAAGGGGAAGGGGGAAGGCGGGGAGAAGUAUGGACGGCUUACGAUCACUUUCAUUUGUGACCCUAAUGCAGGCAUCGGCCACCCCUCCCCCUGGACAGGAGAAGGCAGGCAGGCAGCAUUCAACGCGUCCCUGCCCUUCCCCGCGUGGACCAAGCGGGGGGGCGACUCAGUCCCCGUCACGCAGGGGGGAGACGGGGUGGUGCCGGGGUGUGCAUAUGAGCUGGCAUGGUACAGUGCGUAUGCGUGCCCUCUGUGCUCUGAGGGGGAUGUGGAAGAGGUUCCAGUGGCAGACUGCCAUAACAACAAGCGAUCCACGUUCAAGUACCGGCAUCCAAGGGUGAGUGUGGGUUUGUGUGGGGGAGGCGAUGGGAUGGUGCCGGGGUGUGCGUAUGAGCUGGCGUGGUACAGUGCAUAUGCUUGCCCUCUGUGCUCUGAAGAAGACGUGGAGGAGGUGCCAGUGGCAGACUGCCACAACAACAAGCGAUCCACGUUCAAGUACCGGCAUCCAAGGGUGUGUCAGCCCAACGCCCAGGCGCCUCUUCCUCCCGACCAGCUAUGCUCCCCAUGCACUGCAGACGACUACAGUAGCUUCGAGCAAAGCUGCACCGACAGCGCGGGCAACCACAACGUCUCCUACUCUUGGAACCUGCCCAAAAACUGCAGCGAGAACCUGCCCGGAGCAGCGAAACUGCCUGAAAAUAUCAUUGUUGGAGAGUGCCUGUUCCAGGUUCGUUACAUCCCGGCGAAAUACCUCGCUCCGAAAUACAUAAUCAUCACAGCGGCUGGAGCUAUUAUAAUUGUGAUGCUGGCGGUGAUGUCGGUGGUAACCUGGUUACGCAGCAGGAGAGUGUAUUCUAUGUACUCCCAGCUGGUAGCAGAGGAAGUGCAGCUUGAGGCGGAACUGGCAGCCAUGGCAGAGGAGGCAGACCAGGAGAGAGAAGAUAUGCUUUUCAACAGAGACCGUAGUUACUCAUCAUAA